UCUGGUCUAUCAGGUGUGCCACAGCUGUUUCCGCCGGCAGUCAAAGCUGCACCUGUGCGCUCAGUGCCGUUUCGCCCACUACUGUGACCGCACCUGCCAAAGUGCAUGCUGGGAGGAGCACAAGCAGGAGUGUGCGGCCAUCAGGAGUUUGGGCUAUGCCCCCAACCAGAAUGUCCGCCUGGCAGCUCGGCUGAUGUGGCGCAGGAAGAAGGACCAGGGUUUGGCCUCAGACAGUCAGUUAGUUCCUGCAGACCAGCUGGAGGAUCAUCUGGACCGCCUGCCUGAAGAAGAACUGAAGAAGGUCCAGAGGGAUGUGGACCACCUGCUGAAGUACUGGUCUGGUGCAGCCAAGCAGCACUCUGAGGGGUACAUCAGUCACAUCUUUGGUCUGAUCAAAUGUAACGGACUUCCUCUGACCGACCAAAGGGGUCAGCAGAACGUUGGUCUGGGUCUGUUUCCAAGUCUGAGCCUGGUGAACCACGACUGCUGGCCCAACUGCACCGUCACCUUCAACCAUGGAAAGUAGGGCUCCGUAAGGCACCUUUGUCUGUAACAUGCCUCAGACAUUCCUCCAUCAUGUCUCUAACACACCUCCAUCAUAUCUCUAAAAUGCCUCCAUCAUAUCUCAGAAACACCUCCAUCAUAUCUCUAACACGCCUUCAUCAUGUCUCUAACACACCUCCAUCAUGUCUCUAACACACCUCCAUCAUGUCUCUAACACACCUCCAUCAUAUCUCUAAAAUGCCUCCAUCAUAUCUCAG